GCCGUGCAGCGGCGCCAAGUCAAACCGAAUAGUUUUUCCUCAAGAGGCACAGCGCCGUGUUUUGCAGCGGAGGAGAUUUCUCAUAUUACUACGAAAGACCGUCACACGAAAUCUUCACUAAUUUAACCGGUUUGGGAACCUUCACGAUGGACAACGUCGCAGUUUCAAGGCGAAACCACACUAACAGGAAAGGAAACAAGGAAAACACCCAGCCUGCACAUGGACCCAAGUCCUUUAUCAGAAAAGACAAAAUGUCUGUUGCUCCACUCCAACUGAAAAACAACGAAAAGGAAGAGACCGUGGCAAAAAAUUAUCCUUUUAAAGCCAAGCCUAAGCAGGUUGGCACAAGGUCGACGUCUGCCGAGGUUCUGAAAAAGGUGAAGAUUGUGCAAAGAGAUGGGAAAGCAGAAACUGAAGAGACUGUGAAGCACAAAAAAAUUGUUGCAGAAGCUCCAAAACCCUCAGCUGUUCAGUCAUCAAAAUCUGCUCCAGGCAUGUACAAGGGCAAGGUUGUCCAGUCAAAAAUUGGCUCUAUUUGGAAGACGAGUGCAUAUGUAGGUGCAGUAGAUCCCAAACCAUCAGCACCCAAGACGGGCAGUCAGAACAUGGCUAAACGCAGGUCCAAAUCUGCCUCUGAGAUGCCUGGGCGUGGCACACAAAAACCUGUGCCAACAAGGUCCAAAUCAGUUUCUGAAAGACUUGCUCAGGUGUCCAAGUCAGUUUCUGAAAGACCUGCUCAAGUGUCGAAGCCCGGGACCAGCAGCCGCCGUCCUGCUGGUUUCUGUUCUGCACGCCCUACCAGAACCAUCCCAGCAACACUAACUUCUACCAGCUCCAGAAACACUACUGCAGCUUCUACUGAGGCACGUGGGACUCAGAACUCGAAGUCAAAGAUGCCAGUGACCGACAAGAAGGUCAGCAAACCUCCUAUCUCGAGCACCCUCAGCCAGUACCGAAUCACCACGGAGACGGCCGAGGAGAGGAAAGCGAAACUAGCAGAGUGGAUGGCUUCCAAGGGUAAAACUUUGAAAAGACCAGCUAUGACAACAGCAGCAGCACCUCCAAAAACCAAAGUUUCUGCAAGACCUGAAGCUCAUCAGUCUCAGGUUGAGCCUCAGCCUGCUGCACGGUGUGAACCUAAACCUGAACCCAGCGUGGAAACACACAACACCAACUCUGCUGCUUCUCACUGUGAUGAUAUCCAGGGAGCGGAGCCUACAGUCCACGGCCAAACUCCAAUCAUAAUGAACACCACCCUGGACCUGCUUGAAAACUCUGAUGCAGAUCUGCCUGUUGAGCCACAGGACACAGUGGAUGAUAUUGUUGUGAACCUCUGUGAUGCCUUGGAGGCCAUGGCAACACCAUCAAGAUGCAGCGAUGAAAUCUCGCAGGUGAAGAAUGAGUGCAAUGAUGUUGAAAUGGACGACAGCAAACCAGUGGAAGAAAGUGGAAAAGAGGAGCUGAAGAAUGAAAUGCCUGAGGAUGUUGGCGAGCAAGUGAAGGAUGAAGUAGAAGAAUGUGAUGACCAGAAAGUGGAUACAGAGGAUGCUGAGGAAGUAGAAAGUGGUGAUGAUGACGGUGUGAUGGAGGUGACACCGCAGAGGGUAGAUGCUUCAGUGAUAAAGUACAGUGUGAAGACCACUCCAUACCUGCAAAGUGUCAGAAAAACAAUUGAAGAUGAGGUCAGCACAAGUACAUCGAGAAGAAAGAGCAACAUCAAAGAUCUGAAGUUCCUGACACCGGUACGCCGAUCCUGCCGCAUCGAGCGCAAGUCCGCCCGCCUGCCGUCUAUGCUUGUCGAUCACGAUCCCUGCGUGUCGUCACUGGCUGAGCUGGUGAAGCUGGAUGAUGAUCCCAAUGCCUACAUCUACAGAAAAAAUAAUGCACUUCUAGAGGAUCUGCCAGACCAACCCAGAGUGUGAAGAGAGCCGUUUUUUAAAAAAAAAAAAAGAAGAAAAAAAUUCCUUCAGAAACGCCUGGGACUAAAGCUAAUGGACACUUUAUACUGUUACUUGCAAGAUGUUUUAUACUAAUCUGAAUUCAUCUGCAAGAUUUGUGUUUGGUAAUUUUAUUUGUUUUAUUGUAUUGAGGGGAGAACUUAUAGUUCACGUUUUUUCUUUCCUUCUCUGAAUGUAUUAACAGUUUCCUUUAACAGAAAAUUGACAUGUAUCCCCACAUGUACCAUAAUAAAACACUCUAUUUUAAAUGUUUUGACAGUGAAUUGACUAAAAAGUCUUUAAUACAUCUUUAAAUGUCUCACAUUUGGUCAUAAUGAAUGUAAAGGUUAAGAAAUAUCCUAUGAGGAAGUUUAAGUUCAGCAUAGGCAGAUUUCACUCAAAUCCACCAAGUGCAAUGGAACUGACCAAGUAAAUUGUCAGUUGUGUCAGAAUAACGGUUAAACACCCAUUGGAAUCUGAUCUACGUAAAACUGUCACCGACCAGCUGUGGACUUCCCCCUAAGGCUAUUCAGGAGAUUAUCCCAUCUUAUCUCUUUUAAUCAGGAAUAUUAGGGCCUACAGCCUCCACAUGCAGGACUUUCUGCAUUUCACUGUUUCUAAGGUCAGACUGGAAAUGGGGAAGAAUGCUUUUACAGUUGCUGCUCCAACUACAUGGAGCAUUUUGCAGUCAGAGCUCAAGCUCCAAAGUCUGGCAUCUCUGAAUGCAUUAAAGGCUAUGAUCAAUCAUAUCCAGGCUUCUGGAGUGCAAAUGUUUUAUUUUAACUAAUCUUGUAAAAUUAUUUGGAUUUUUUAUGUCUAUGUUUAAAUGUGAUUGUGUGUUAAAACUGUCAUUUUUACCUGUAUGUACUGCCAUUCUUGGCCAGGUCUCUCUUGUAAAAGAGAUUUUGGAUUUCAACAGGACAAACCUGGUUAAAUAAAGGUAUUAAUAAUUUAAUAAUCCCA